CCCGCCCUCCAAGGGAAGCGUGGCUACUUAUUUAUGCAGCGCUCUGACCGGCUCUGAUAUCAAAAUUCAGUGAAGAUGGACGUCGCAAAGAAUAUCGCAGACGAGCUGAACCGUGGCCGUUACACCGAAAAUGUUUUGAAGUACUUCUUCGAAAAGCCGGAUGAUUAUGAACAAGCGCUCACUGAUUCUGAAGACGAUCUGAGCGACGAUGAAAGCAGCAUAAUAAGACUGAAUAAUAUCCCUAAUCUGCAACUGAGCGAAGAUGAAGACGAGGAAGAAUGUAUCGGACUGGCGUCAGACGAGUUGGACCGUAAGAUAUCAGAGGCUAUAUCGAUAGUAACAUUUGAUGGGGAUAAAGACAGAGAAAUGGUGAAAAUCCGUAACUUUGACUGUAAAUGCUGCACGAGGAGAAAAGAGAACUCUCUGCAUGGGAGACAGUCAUGUAGCCAGAAGCUUUCUCCUGAUAUUAUGUACAACAUACGGCUGGAUUCUUUAGCUGCGGAAAAAGAGUGGCAGGACAUGCGAAUUAUUGGACAUUUAGAGGCAAACAGACGCACAGUGCAAACUUCAGAGAUGGUUACAUCCACAAAGAAGACACCGACAAAGAGAAAGUGUGCCCGAACGACUUAUUUCAUUGGAGGCAACGAGAUCUGCAAGAAUACUUUUCUGUUUCUUAUGGGCAUUGGCAAAGACACCCUGGCUGAUAUAGUCAAACACUAUGAGGAGAAUGGCGCAAGACCACGUUUGAGGAAGAAGCACUCACUGCCACGUCCGCCAGCCAGGUUCAUCAGGCCUGAGGAUAUCAACAGAGUUGUGGACUUCAUAAAAAACUAUGCAGAAGACAAUGCCAUCAUGCUGCCUGGCCGACAGCCUGGGCAUAAGGAUUGGCAUGUGAAGUUGCUGCCAACUCAUGUGUCCAAGGCCUCAGUGUGGCGUCUCUACGUGAAGUCUGCUAAGGAGCUUGGUGAGCGUGCAGUUUGUAAAACCAGCUUCAAAGCACUGUGGGACCGACUUCUCCCACACAUCAAAAGUUGCCGGCCACGCACAGAUCUCUGCUGGCAGUGCCAAAGCAAUAAUGAGCAGCUGAUAUGAAGUGCAAACCUCCCAGAUGACAGAAAGUCUGAAGCAGUAAAGAAGCAACAAGAUCAUCUUUCCCUUUUGCAGAAAGAGAGGGCUGUGUACAACGACAUGACUGCUGCCUGCAAAAAGAUUUGCUCUGGCUCUAACCUGUCUUUUGGACCGUCCCUACCAGCAAGCAAGAAGAUUAGGAUGCAUUACAGUUUUGAUUUUGCUCAGCAGUUACACUUUCCCUCAAACCCUCUCCAGCCAGGACCAAUGUACUUCCUGACCCCACGGAAAUGUGGCCUAUUUGGUGUUUCCUGUGAAGGGCUGCAGAAACAGGUGAAUUACCUGAUUGAUGAAGGCAUGUCAUCUACUAAGGGAAGCAAUGAAGUCAUCAGCUACAUGCAUCAUUUCUUCGGCAACUUUGGAGUUGGAGAAACAGAGGUGGAUCUUCAUUGUGACAACUGUAGUGGGCAGAACAAGAACAACUUCAUGCUCUGGUACCUUGCCUGGCGGGUUGGACACAAGCUUCACGAUAAAAUUGAAAUCCACUUCCUUAUUGCUGGCCACACCAAGUUUUCCCCUGACUGUGGCUUUGGACUCAUCAAGCAAGCCUACAUGAAGACAAGAGUCAACACUUUGGCAGACAUCGC